UUUGACUGUUAUGAGCCCAUGACAUUGAUGGCUGGGGGUCGCCCUGUGUUUGUGUCCCUGAAGCCAAGCCCCACCCAGGAUGGGGAGCUGGAUUCCAGCAGCAACUGGCGGCUGGACCCCACAGAACUGGCCAGCAAGUUCACAUCCCGGACCAAAGCCCUGGUCCUCAACACACCCAACAACCCCCUGGGAAAGGUACCUGGGACAGCUCUGUUCAGGGACCCUCCACCUGCAUUCAAGUCCCGGCUCUUCCUGACAAGCUUCCUCGGGGCCUCAGUUUCUUCAUCUGUGGAGUGGGAGGGUUGCCCGCCAUGACCUGAGGAUGGAGGUGCCAGAGUCGCAGGGAAAGAAAGGGGCAAGAAUCUCAGGGAGGUGAAGGGUGGGUUGGUGGGGACAGUGACUUGCCUCUCAGCAUUUCCUCGACUGUA